UCAUAUCAUUAAAAUUUGAAAUAACCUUUCAUAUAUAUAUUUUAUCAUCUUUAUUUUAGUUUUUGCAUCCCCAUUUUCCAUCACAUACACAAGUUUCUUCAAAAUAGUGUUAAUCUAAAUUUACAAAAAUGGGAAAAGCUUCCUUGUCUAAUGAGGUGAAGACAUUAGUUUUAGUUGGACGUACUGGUAAUGGAAAAAGUGCAACAGGAAAUAAUAUUCUUGGAAGGAAAGCCUUCAAGUCAAAGAUAAGUUCAUCUGGUGUAACAAGUGUUUGUGAAUUGCAGACAACUGCAAUGAAAGAUGGACCAAUUAUUAAUGUUAUUGACACCCCAGGGUUAUUUGAUGGAACUAGUUCUGCCGGAAAAGAAAUAGUCAAAUGUAUUGAUUUAGCCAAAGAUGGAAUUCAUGCCAUCAUUUUGGUAUUGUCCGUAAGAACUCGUUUUUCUGAAGAAGAACAAGCUACUUUUCUCACCUUACAAGCUUUAUUUGGACAUCAAAUUGUUGAUUACAUGAUUGUGGUAUUCACGGGAGGAGAUGAACUAGAAGACAGUGAAGAGACACUUGAUGAUUAUUUAGGUUCUAAUUGUCCACCAUCUCUCCAGGACAUCCUUACUUUAUGUGGCAAUCGUAAAGUACUUUUCGAUAAUAGGACUAAGGACAAAAGUAAGCAAUUGGAACAAGUUCAACAACUUCUCAAUCUUGUGGAUGCAGUUAUGUCACAUAAUGUUGGACAACCCUUUACAAAUGAAUUGUUCAAAAAAUUGAAGGAGAAAGCAACUGAAACUGAAAAGGCAGAAACAUUGGGAAUUAAAAUACAACUACAGAAAAGAUAUGAUGAUGAGCUUAAACGAAUGACCGAUUUGAUUGAAUCAAAGUUGAAUGAAGAAACUACAAAGCUUAUGAAAAUGUUAGAAGAAGAAAAGGUUGCUAGACUUAAAGCUGAGGAAAAUUAUAAAUCAAUCCAAACUUCAUCUAAUAAGGAAAUUGAAAGACUGAAAAGGGAUCUUCAAGAGGCAAAUAAUAGAAAAACAGGUGGAGGUAGGCGUAGAAUAUGUGCCAUUAUGUAAUACUAAUACCUUCCAAUAUUUCUACUUUACCUUGUAAUUGUGAGUGUUUGUAUUUGUAUAUUUCCUAAAUACUCUUAUGUAAAUAAAUUAUAUUUGGAUUACAUUUCUUAAUUUCUCAUAACUCCUGUAUCAUUGUGUUUACAUUUUAUUU